AUGAAAAAGAUAAAGUGUACCUCACCGGACCUCCGUUUCUCCAUUCUCACCGGAAAAACCAAAAUUCUCAUCGGAAAGACUCAGCGAGUUUCAUCUAACUCUUCGACAGAGUUGUUGUUUUCUCGAGUUUACAAACUUGAGAUUCCUUGUGACCGGAACGUGCGAGCAAGGAAAGUUGAAUCGCGAAAAGAAAAGAAAUCUCUGAAAUUUGGAGAUCCUGUUAGAGCAAAGAUGAGUGAUGUGACAGAUUCAUCUGACAGUGAUGAUAGUGAUGAGAGUAAUGAGAAUGAUGACCUUAUUGCAUAUCUUGAGGAUGAACUAGAUGUAAGUUCAUCCAACUCAUCUUCAGAUGAUGAAGCUGAAAGCCGAAAUGAGUUAGAGGGUUUCAGCAGAACUAAAAAACGUAAGUUUGAAAGCACCGAUGAAAUUGAGGGGUCUACUUCAGAAGGUACCAUGGAACAGAAAUUAGUGCCAUCUGUAAAUGUUGAUGUAUGUAUACAUCCUGGCUCAUUUGGAGGCAUGUGUAUAUGUUGUGGAAAAACGUUGGAUGGGGAAUCUGGUUUGGCAUUUGGGUUCGUACACAAGGGACUAAGACUUCAUGAUGAGGAAGUUUCUAGAUUGUGCAACGACAUGACAAAAUUAUUAUGCCGUCAAAAGCUUUAUUUGGUACUGGACCUAGAUCACACGCUGCUAAAUUCUACCUCCCUUAGUCGUUUGAGCAAAGAAGAAAUGCCUAUAAUAACUCAGAAAAGUUAUCUAGAAGGUAGCCUCUUCAAAUUGGAGCAUAUACAAAUGGUUACCAAGUUGAGGCCCUUUGUCCGCACAUUUCUUAAAGAAGCAAGUGAAAUAUUUGACAUGUGCAUAUACACUUUGGGUGAUCGGAACUAUUCAUUAGAGAUGGCCAAGCUGCUUGAUCCGCAAAGGGAAUACUUCAAUGCUAAUAGUAAUGUGAUUUCUCGAGAUGAUGGAACUCAAAACCGCAAGAAACAUCUUGGCGUGGUGUUGGAGAAAGAAAGCGCAAUUCUAAUCCUUGAUGAUACAAAACACGUAUGGCCGAAGCACAAAGAUAAUCUGAUAUUGAUGAGGAGAUACCUCUUUUUCAAUUCAAGUUGUGAGCACUUUGGCUACAAAUGCAAAUCACUUGCUGAAUUGCAGAUAGAUGAAAGUGAAGCAGAUGGAGCACUUGCCAAAAUGCUCGAAGUGCUCAAACAUAUACACUACAAUUUCUAUAAAGAAGAUCCUGUUGACAGAGACGUGAGGCAGGUUCUGUCAUCACUUCGAAGUGAAAUCUUAAGCGGAUGUGUGAUCGUUUUAAGCCGUGCUUUACGUCGUGACUUGCCAACCCUCAAGAAGAUAGCAAAGAAGCUAGGAGCUACAUGUUUGAAUAAACUUGAGCCCCAUGUGACACAUGUAGUUGCUAACAGUGUUGGAAAUAGGGAGUCCAAGUGGGCACUGAAAGAAAAAAAGUUUUUGGUUAAUCCCCAAUGGAUAGAGGAAGCAAAUUUCUUUUGGCAAAAGCAGCUUGAAGAGAACUUCUCUGUCGAAGAAAAGAACUAG